AUGGACUGUGAUGUGCUGCUGGAGAAAUUCAAAGUUAGGAAUGGGCAAAUAAAAGGAAAUGAGACUGCCCCAAAUGAAGAGACAGUAUCAUCACUAUCAUCAUCAUCACCACCAUUAUCAUCACUAUCAUCAUCACCACCAUUAUCCUCACUAUCAUCAUCACCACCAUUAUCAUCACUACCAUCAUCACCAUCAUUAUCAUCACUGUCAUCAUCAUCACCACCAUUAUCAUCACUGUCAUCAUCAUCACCACCAUUAUCACUAUCAUCAUCAUCACCACCAUUAUCAUCACUUUCAUCAUCAUCACCACCAUUAUCAUCACUGUCAUCAUCACCACCACCAUUAUCAUCACGAUCAUCAUCAUCACUACCAUUAUCAUCACUAUCGUCAUCACCACCAUUAUCCUCACUAUCAUCAUCACCACCAUUAUCAUCACUACCAUCAUCACCACCAUUAUCAUCACUAUCAUCAUCAUCACCACCAUUAUCAUCACUAUCAUCAUCAUCACCACCAUUAUCAUCACUAUCCACCAUCAUCACUAUCACCAUCACCACCAUCACCAUCAUCACUAUCAUCAUCAUUGUCACCAUGAUCAUCAUCAUCAUCACCAUCACUACUAUCACCAUCACCACCAUCAUCAGUGUUCAUCAUCACUAUCGCUAUCACUUGUUCAUCAUCACUAUCGCUAUCACUGUCACCAUCAUCAUCAUCACCAUCACCAUAAUCACCAUCACCAUCAUCACCAUCAUCAUCACUAUUACCAUCAUUGUCACUAUCAUUGUCACCAUCAUCAUCAUCACUAUCAUCACCAUCACCAUCACCAUGAUCACCAUCACCACCAUCACCACCAUCAUAUCACCAUCAUUGUCACCAUCAUUAUCAUCAUCACCAUCACCAUAA